AAAAUGGCGGCGCGGUCGUCGUCGGGGGCGGCGGCGGCGGUCGAGGGGGCGGCGGCGGCGACGACGGCGGCGCGGGGCCUGGGCCGGGGGCAAUGAGGCUGUCCCGCCGCGGAGCCGUAUAGCCGACCCGCAGACCCUCCUCGCCGCGCUCCUCCCGCCGGAGCCUGGGGCGCGCGCGCGCGUGCGCGGCCGUCCGCAGCAGGCUCGCCCGCCCGCUCGCUCGCCCGCCCGCCCUCGACUCCGAGGCCCCGCACCGCACCCCCCACCCCAUCCCGGGCCCGGAGGAUGAUGAAGCUCAAGUCGAACCAGACCCGCACCUACGACGGCGACGGCUACAAGAAGCGGGCCGCGUGCCUGUGCUUCCGCAACGAGAGCGAGGAGGAGGUGCUGCUCGUGAGCAGUAGUCGCCAUCCUGACCGAUGGAUUGUCCCUGGAGGAGGCAUGGAGCCUGAGGAGGAGCCAAGCGUGGCAGCUGUCCGGGAAGUGUGUGAGGAGGCUGGAGUGAAAGGGACGCUGGGAAGACUCGUUGGAAUUUUUGAGAACCAGGAGAGGAAGCACAGGACGUAUGUGUACGUGCUCAUCGUCACGGAGGUGCUGGAAGACUGGGAGGACUCAGUGAACAUUGGAAGGAAGAGAGAGUGGUUUAAGAUAGAAGACGCCAUAAAGGUGCUGCAGUAUCACAAGCCGGUGCAGGCGUCGUACUUUGAGGCGUUGAGGCAAGGCUACUCUGCCAACAAUGGCACCCCUGUGGUGCCCACCACCUACUCCAGCUCCAGCAUCAGAUGACUGCAGACUCUGUAAGAGCCGGAGGGUGGAAAGCAGACUGAAGCGUGGCUCUCCUCACCACCCCUCACCUCACGGCCUUUUCUCACCCAGGCAUGGCGGGCAGUAGAGAGGGUGCACUGAGGUGCUGCUGCAGGCUGUGAUGUGAGGCGGGUGGGUGUGGCAUGGUGGGAACUCUUUUCUCUUCCUGAGGGUGGGGCUGGGUAUAACUCAUGAGCACUUUCCUGCAUGCCCUGUUCCUCCCACUCACAUGCCCUGAGAGAGGGCAUCUCCCUCUCCUCCUCGGGUUCUGAAGCGUUCCCAUUGUCUCAGCCCAGCCUGGCCAGGUAUUUUCUCUGAUUUUUUGUUUUUUCAUUAAAAGACACCCAUGUGCGAUGAAACUUUCUAAAACUCUGUCCUGUAAUGUGCUGUUGAGUCCCGUAGGUUGGCCACGCUCCCUCAGGACGCAUCUGUCUACACAUUGUGUACUGACGUAUGGCGUGUAAAUAUGCAGCUUAGAAAGAGGAUCUUAACUGUUCAGUUUUUCAAAGUUUUGGGGUUUUUUUUUUUCCUUUUUUUUUUUCCCUAGAUAUUUCUAGUCUGAAGCCCCUCUUCACGUUUGUUUAAUGCUAGUAACUUGGCGGGCUUCCCUGUCCCCUGUUCCCAGCCAUGUCAAACCUAGCCACCUUCCUCGCUCCUGGGACCCUGGCCUUCUCUAGGCCGCUCCCCUGCCAAGGAAAACAGAAGGGAACCUGUUUUCCUUUCUGUUACAAAGCCUGGACAAAGCCUGGACAAACAGUGAUAGGAACUGAGUUCCUCCCAGUAGGCUCACACUAGGCUUGAAACAGGACACUCUCACUGUCACAGAAACUGGACCAUCAGGCACCGAGUGUCCUGCUGGCUGGAAAGUCUGUCCAUAAUGCUAUUUAUUGCUGACAUGGCCUCUCUUAUCCUUGUAUGCCUUACACCACGCUGACCUGGCUAUGGCCCUACGCUCUGCAGCCAUCCUGCAUAGUCCUGUCCCCAUGCUGAGAGGCCCCACCAAGGUCCUGAGAAAUACAUGGGGAACAGUGUGAACAUGUAUGUGCCAAGGGUUGACCAAGAGCACGCUUGGAACAUUAGCUUUCUGUCCACCCGGUCGGUGUGAGAGGUCAUCAGGGAGAGGGGCCCACCGGUGACCCUCUGGUUCCCCGAGGACUCUGGUUGGUAUUUUAUGAAGGUUUUGUGCUGAACUCCCCUGCCAGUUGUGGUGGUUAGUAAAAGGAAGUAAAGGGUCCUGGGAAGGGUAAGGAGGGCGAGAGGGAGGCAUGGCCUGGCUCAUCGUGGGAGCUCCGGACUCUGUGGCAUUGCCUGUGUUGAAACGUAGCCAAGAUGUGAAAUUAAAAUAGUACUUCUCUUUAUUUAAAAACUAAUAAAUACUCAAACUUUGAAAA